UUCUAAACUGUCAUGUCAUUUGGAAAUUCAAAUGCUCUAAGAAAUUGAUUUCCCCUAGAAUGUUCAAUGCUUUUUAACCGGUACAAUUAGGUACAAACGAGAUACGAAUGUUCCUGUUCUUGCACCAUCAUAACGCAGAGCAUGGGGGUUAUGUCAAAGGAUUUGAAAAUAAGCAUCUAAAUUGACAUAUAAAAAUCUAAAGUGAAUUCCAACCAAAUCAAUGAGUGAGGGUGAAAAAGAACUAACAUUACAGACUGUGCCCCCAGAUCCCAGGUAUCCCAAUCAGAACAGUACAGCUUGGUGUUUCGAUGCUUACGUAGAUUUCCAAAAAUGUUCAAGGCUCUUAGGAGAUGAGAAUAAAUUAUGCGAUGAAUUUAAGAAAUUAUUCCAAACCAUUUGCCCGAAUGCAUGGAUAAAACGUUGGGACCAACAGAUUAAGGAUGGGACGUUUCCUUUAGAAUUGCCAUGUAAACCGGAUUGCGGUCCUUAAAUUAUUCGAAACAUUUGUCUUUAAAUUAAAUAUUAUUUGUAGCAAAAAUAAUCCUAUAAAUAAAAUAUGGUGGCAUUAUUUUUUAAAAUAAAUUUUAAUUGUAACUUAAUAAAAAGUGCCAAAACUUAAAA